CCGCAUCGCCGCGUGUGAUCCUGACGACACCAGGUCAGAGGUCAAGACUCGCCACUUUCAACAGAACCGGUCCUGCGGGUAUCGACUGACAACUGGAGGAGACCAACCGGUCCGGCGGGUCCCUGCUCGCUUAUAAACCGAACCGAACACGGUGCGUCAGAGCGCACCAUGUUCCCGCUGCUGCUGCUGCUGCUGUUAGGACUCGUGGGAGGCUACGUGGUUUUGGUCCAGACCCUGUUCAAGAGGUCCCGGUGCAAGGGAAACGCUGCGAUGGCGGGAAAGACCGUCGUCAUCACAGGAGGAAACACGGGCAUCGGGAAGGCGACAGCGCUGCACCUGACCAGGAGGGGCGCCAGAGUCGUCCUGGCCUGCCGGAGCCGCGAGAAGGCGGAGGCCGCCAUCGCUGACAUCCAGCAGGCCACAGGAAGCGCGGACGUGCUGUACAUGCACCUGGACCUGGCCAGUCUCCGGUCUGUGCGGAGCUUCGCCGAGACCUUCCUCAAGUCGGAGUCCAGACUGGACCUGCUCAUCAACAACGCAGGUAAAGUUGGCUCAGGCCACGCCCCCUGCAGCUGUCACGGUGGCGCGACUGCCGCAGGUCUGGUGAACGACGGGCGGACCGAGGACGGCUUCGGGAUCCAGUUCGGCGUCAACCACCUGGGUCACUUCCUGCUGACCCGGCUGCUGCUGUCCAGGCUGAAGGAGGCGGGCGGCGGCCGCGUGGUCACUCUGUCGUCCAUGGCCCACCGCUGGGGAAACAUCGACUUCCAGGCGCUGGAGGCCACCAAGCACCUGGGCACCGGCAGCUACAGCUGGCAGUUCUUCGCCGCCUACUGCAACAGCAAACUGUGCAACGUGCUGUUCACUCGCGAGCUGGCGCGGAGGCUGCGAGGAAGUGACGUCACCUGCUACAGCGUGCACCCAGGCAUCGUGAGGACGCAGCUCUCCCGACACGUCAGUCUGUGGCAGAAGGUCUUCAUCGAGCCGGUGGCUCAGCUGCUUUUCCUGGACCCGGAGAGCGGAGCCCAGACCACGCUGCACUGCUGCCUGCAGGAGGGGAUCGAAGCGUUGAGCGGCAGCUACUUCUCCUGCUGCGCGCCGCAGCAGCUGUGCGCCCGGGCGCGAGACGACGGCGCCGCCAGGCGGCUGUGGGAGCUCAGCGCGCGCCUGUGUGCGCUCUCGGACUGAGGCGCGCCGCGGCUCUGCCUCCUCCUCCUCCUCCUCCUGACUGAGACAUGAGGUCCCCCAGACACAGGGUGUUGGCACAUGGCGACAUUUCACCUUUGUUCACGAGUGU